UCCGCGCCCGCCCCAGCCGGCGGCAGCUCCGGGCGGCGGCUCCUCCCCCGUGGCCGCCCGGCAGCAUGGCGGCGGCGGUGGAGACCCGCAGAGUCUGCGAGACCGCCGGCUGCAGCAGCGAGGCCAAGCUGCAGUGCCCCACCUGCCUCAAGCUGGGCAUCCAGGGCUCCUACUUCUGCUCACAGGAAUGCUUUAAGGGAAGCUGGGCCACUCACAAGUUACUACACAAGAAAGCAAAAGAUGAAAAAGCAAAGCGUGAAGUUUCCUCCUGGAGCCUGGAAGGUGAUGUUAACACAAAUCCCUGGUCUGGUUAUCGAUACACUGGGAAACUCAGGCCACACUAUCCACUGACGCCAACAAGACCUGUGCCAAGUUAUAUUCAGAGACCGGAUUAUGCUGAUCACCCACUAGGAAUGUCUGAAUCAGAACAAGCUUUAAAAGGAACCUCUCAAAUAAAAAUACUGUCAUCUGAGGAUAUAGAAGGGAUGCGAGUAGUGUGUAGGCUUGCUAGAGAAGUAUUGGAUGUUGCUGCCAUGAUGGUGAAACCAGGAGUAACUACUGAAGAAAUUGAUCAUGCUGUCCAUUUAGCUUGUAUUGCAAGGAAUUGUUAUCCUUCCCCUUUGAAUUAUUAUAAUUUUCCCAAGUCAUGUUGUACGUCAGUGAAUGAAGUGAUCUGUCAUGGAAUUCCUGACAGGAGGCCAUUGCAGGAGGGAGAUAUUGUUAAUGUGGAUAUCACCGUCUAUCGCAAUGGCUACCACGGAGAUCUGAACGAGACCUUUUAUGUCGGAGAGGUGGACGAGGGUGCCAGGAGGCUUGUCCAGACAACCUACGAGUGCCUAAUGCAAGCCAUCGAUGCGGUAAAACCUGGUGUUCGGUACAGAGAACUGGGGAACAUAAUUCAGAAACACGCUCAAGCAAAUGGAUUUUCAGUGGUUCGGAGCUACUGUGGGCAUGGAAUCCAUAAACUUUUCCAUACAGCUCCUAACGUGCCCCAUUAUGCCAAAAACAAGGCCGUUGGAGUCAUGAAGCCAGGUCAUGUAUUUACAAUUGAACCAAUGAUCUGUGAAGGUGGCUGGCAGGAUGAGACCUGGCCCGACGGCUGGACUGCGGUGACAAGGGACGGGAAGCGCUCGGCACAGUUUGAACACACACUGCUGGUCACAGACACGGGCUGCGAGAUCCUGACCCGGCGCCUGGACAGCAUUCGCCCCCACUUCAUGACCCAGUGAUAGUCCACACUGAGCAGGUGCAUCAGAACGAGAAAUAUAUAUAUUUUUUGCCCCUGUACUAUGCAUUUUUUUAAGAGUACAGAAUAGAAAGAUUUCACCAUUUACUUUGUUCUCAGUGAUUGUAGAUACGAGGAAUAUCUUGAAGAACCUGACCCAAUGUCUGCAAAAGCAGAGAAGAAUUUAAAGGAUUUCCUACCUUCCUCCUACCUACAACACUCACGCUGUACUUUCCUUUUUUUCUUCAAUUAUCUCUUUAGCACCUUUCUUCCAAUUAGACCCACAAUUGCUUCUGUUGCUGCCAUGGUAUUAGCUAGAAAAGCGUGGGUAAGCUUGCCCACUGGGACUUGAUAUUUUGGGAUCCAGGUUUUUUUCAUCAUUUCAGCGUGCCCUGUCACUCUUGGUUUGUGAGUGGCACCUGAGAUUUUAAGCAUUUCUUAUUCCAAAGACUUGCUCUUAUUUCUGCAGAUACUAUUUUGGGCCUUGUUUGUUUAUCAGUUGAGAAGGGGGCAGAAGGGAGAAAGACAUGCACGUACAAGAACGGGCUACCUUUAAUUCUGCCCCCGUCUCUCUGCUAGUGGUGAUUGCCACUGUGGGUGGCACACUGUGUUAAUGGCAGGACUUGUUUCUCUUGCUGGAGAUAUGAUAGGAUGGGAAGUUAAUGAGGUCUAUCUUAUAUACAGCUCUCUGGAAUAAGCUGCUUUUUGGCAAAGCAGUACUUGUAGGCAGCCUCCUGCACCAAAAGCCUGGUGAAGCUGAUGUAUCAGACUUGCCUAGGUAAAGGAAUGAUACAAGAACCAAAAAGAUCCCAUGAUUCAUGGGAUCCCUAUGUCUGUUAACUGUGGGGCAUUUCUAAAAAGUACAUCCACAGUAGCUGUGGGGGAUUGGAUUUGCAAGACUUACAGUGAAGUAUCUCAAAACAAGUCUGAGUGUGUGAAAAUGAAACAUGUUCAACACUGUAUUCAUUUUCUUUUGGUAAUUUUUAAAUGGGUCGUUUUCUUCCCCCUUGGUUGAAUGAGUUUCAGGUUUUGGAAAGUCUUAGGGGGGCAGCUAUGAAAAACUUUUCUUCCUCAGACAGGUUAUAGAGUGAGCAAUGUUGGUAUAUAUACCCCUUUAUAGUUUGUUAAUGGGCCAUGGUGAGCUGGAAACAGUUAUGUUAAAGAGUGUGGAUCUUUUCUCUACCCUUUCUUUUUCCAUGCCCAUUUCCCUUCCAUCAUCUUUGAUGUCUCUGCUGAGGGAAUUUAUUUUUUCUCCUUAAUUGUAAUGAAAAAAUUUUCAGACCCCAUUGUAGACUUCACAUUACACCACUGUAACACAAGAGAUACUUAAUCCAACACAGACAUUAAAUCAUACAAUCAUGGGCAUAAAAUACACCUCUUAUAAAAUGUCUGGUGAAUUUGUUGCCACAGAUCCAAGAACAUGAAGUGCCGCAUACCCUUGGCUCCCCUUGGCACUGCAGAAUUUAGGUGGGGGAAAGGGGUUAGCGCUUCACAGAACUGGACUCGUCUACUUCCAAAUUUGCCAGAAAACAUCUUCUCUGCCCUGAGUGCCUCAGACCUCUGUUGCUGUAUCACUGCAAUGUUUUCAUUACUUUAUUCAUGUUUUAAUUAUGCAGUAAAGUGACCUGAAACGAUGCACAGAGAGCGCGUGUGUGUGUGCGUGUGUGUGUGUAGAGAUUUUUAACAAAACAGACUAGUACUUGAGUGGGAUUACCUGUGCUGAAUGAGCUGUGUUGAGGAGAUGCCUGUCCUGGAGGUUUGCCCACCAUAUCCUUCACUUGAAUGGUUACAAUGGUCUUGACUUUUCUAUGUGUGUGUGUAUGAUGCGGGGGGUGGGGGGCUUCAUUUUUGAUCUAUGAAAUAAAAAUUGCAGCUGCUUUUAACAGAAA